AAGUUUUGCAAAUGGUGAAUUUCGUCACAGCAAAAUUGCCGAUUGUUGAUAUCUGGAAGCUAAAAUAGCGGUUGCAGGAGUAGGAUCGGGACUGUGGAUCCCGGUCCCUGUGUUUGGUGUUGUUUAUUGCCACGGCAAAGUUGUAAUUAGAAAAAAAAUAAAGUGCUGGAACGCAGAAAAUUUGCCUCAAAAAAAAUGUGAAGCAUGUAAAAAUUGGCGUGGUUACUCAAUAACUGCCUCUAGGUUUUGUUUUUAUUGUAUUUCUUUGAGUUGGAAAAAAAAAUUAGUGCAAUGAGAUGAAUGUGUCAUAUUUUUUUGUAGAUUUGCUGAGCCCGAAAAAAAGAAAUAUCCAAGCUGCCAGCCAUUAGUGUUAUGAUUUCGACGAAGACGGCAGAAUAAAGUGCCACAGCUGCAAAAGUGCAGAAAUAAAUAAACCACUUGAGCUUGCAACAAAGACAAGCUGUGGUGGUGUUCGUAAUCGAAGGAUUGUGUGCUUUUUUGUUCAUUGCAGAAAAAUUGUUCAAAUGUCUGAAUAACAAAAAGUGCAGUGAAUUUAGUGGUGUUCCCUGUUUUUGUGGUAGUUGAAAAUAAACAAUGAAACUUCCAAUAGUUUUAAUGUGCUGCAAAUAUAGAAUUAAUAUCUAAAUUUUACGCUAAAGGAGCGCUCAUUGGAUCAUUAGGAUAUAUAUAUAGUUUAAGUGAAGCUGUUGUCAUUCGGAUAAUUGGAAGACCGGAGCAGACAGCGAUUAGCUCUAAACAUGGAAACAGUGCCAACCGGAAGGAUAUCUUGGUUGACACUUCAUUAGGGGUGUUCAUUUCAGAGUCGGCGCGGCGGAAAAAAUGCAUAAUCUGUUUCGGUCGAGCAAGAACACACACCAAACUAAAUGGAGCAUCUCUCGGAGGCCGACGAGUGAGCGUGCCGCCAGCAGUAGUGACAAACCACUAGCAUCGAGCAAUUAUCGACGGAAAGCAUUCCUAUUGCAGCUACUAGAAUGGCCCGACGUCCAACGCGUCUAUUCUUGAUACUAACCCAGCUGUUUUUCAUUGUGCGUGCAACGGAAGCGAUGAAAUGUAUUGUAUCGUCGGACUCAGUCUACGGCCCCGUCGGCGACAAAGGUACAACCGAGAGCAUCGGUCGGAUCCAGUCCAGCGGAAUCCUGUACUCAUCAACUCACAAUGCCGACAGUAGCGGUGUAGAACUUAAAACAUUAUCAUGUAUCGAUACAAAAUUGCGUGCGGUGAAUGAACUAUUGAUGGAACCGCAGAAUUCCUACAAUGGGGUGAAGUUGGAAGGAGUGAUGGUCGAACACCAGGAGAGCGAUUAUUUAGCACUGAGAAAUGGAAACUUCCUAACAAUGUUGCGAUGGAGAGCAAGUAACAUUACGGAACGACAGCUAGAAUUGACAUUCGCAGGGAAGGAGCAAAAGAACUUUAAUUUAGAAAUGCUAGAUUUAAGCAAAAAUCAUCUUAGAAGCUUAAGGAGAGAUUAUUUUAGUAACAUGAACAGAUUGCAACUAUUGAACCUAUCCGAGAAUCAAUUAUCUAAUCUUCCGAGUGAUAUUUUCUACGACUUAGUAAAUUUAAGGGAGCUGCAACUGCAGCACAAUAUGUUGAAUGAGAUUGUGUUGGGUCAGCUGCGGCCACUCAAUCAGCUGCGUGUCUUGGUUUUAAGCAACAACACUAUACACGAUCUUCCGCGGAACGUUUUCAAUGGACUGAACAAUCUGAGCGAGCUCUAUCUGUCCCACAACCGACUGUAUGUGGUGCCAUUCCAGAUCUUCAAGGAACUACGGUCGUUGGAUUUGCUCGAUCUUUCGAACAAUAUGCUAGUGUCGUUUCUAGAUAAUUUCUUUCUGCCCAAUAAGCAGCUGCGCGAGUUAAGACUGAACAACAACAUUAUUGAGAAGAUCUCGAAAAAUGCUCUGUAUGGUUUGAAGAAGCUUCAGAUGUUGAAUCUUUCGUCCAACAAGCUGGUGUUUAUCGACCGUAACGCUUUCGAUACGUUGGAGAACCUUAGGUACUUGAAUAUCAAUAACAACCAAAUAUACAUUCUACCAUCGACGGUAUUCUCGGCAUUGAAAAACCUCGAAUUUCUCGAUCUGAGUAGUAACGUGAUGCGAACAUUGCCGAAUUCCAUCUUCUCCAACCAGUACAAGCUGCGAAAGCUUCAUUUGGACGGCACUAAUCUGGAAGCACUCAGUAAUUGGGUCUCCCGUCAUAACAACACUAUUAACAAAAAUGUUCUGAAGGAGCUAGAGUAUCUUUCAAUCCGUAACAACACCCGCCUGAAAGAGAUCGAGCCGUGUGUUUUCCGCAAUGUUCCCAAUCUGGUUACGCUGCUGCUAUCGAACAAUAGACUGACUAGCCUGCCUAAGGAGCUCGGCGAACUAACGAAACUACAAAUCCUGGACGUGGCCAACAACGACAUCAUGUACAUCCCGGAGCAGAUCCGAAAUUUGCACCAUCUGGAGCACGCCAAUUUUCUCAACAAUGACUACGGUUGUGAUUGUCAUAUGUAUUGGAUUCUUAGCUGGAUCGAUGAACUGCAGACUGAGAACAAUACCCAGAAGAUCUACGACUUGCUCAGAUUGUCGGAUCUGAAAUGCCGUAACGGAUACCCGGGAGACAUCGUCCGCGUUUUGCAGCAUAUCAACUGUUUCAAACCGGAGCUGCUGGAGUCGUCGGAGAGUAAAAUGCACCUGCUCAAAUCGGACGCCGUCUUGGAGUGUGUGUUCACCGGUAAUCCUCCGCCGGACAUUAUCUGGAUAACGCCGAAGAAUGAAAUCUUACGCCACAGCCAGGAGCAGGACCAGAAAUCGCUACUGUUCGACUCGCACGGCGAACGCGGACCGAACAAGUACCAGCAGGCGGUCGAAUUCCAGAUGGUUACCACCGAUAAUGUGACCGGCAACGGCCAACCCGGCGAGACUGUUGGAAUGGGUAUCACCCUGCUCGAGAAUGGAUUCCUGAGGAUUCAUAACAUCUCGAGGAAGGACAGCGGGCUGUACACCUGCUAUGCGAUCAAUAUUAUGGGAAAUGCCACUGCGGGAAUUAGGCUGUACAUCGAUCCGAUCGUGUUCUAUCGGGUGAAGAUUGGCAGCAUUAUCACCGGAGCUAUCUCGGCGGCAACAUUCCUGGCACUAACGCUUAUCUUCCAACUUAUCCGGCGAAUUUUCAUCCGGUUCCGCAUCAUCGAACUGAUUUGCACGAACUGUUGCAGCUAUUGCUAUCGUGGCGAUAAGAGCUCAUCAAAAGCGCGUCAGAUCUAUGCCAUGCUGGAUAACAUCGAACACUACAAGAGCCAGCAGCUGGAGCGGCUGAGGGAAAACUACACCCAACAGGUUCAUCGCAUCAAAGAAAACUGCACGCAGCAGGUCGAAUGGAUUCAAAGUAGCUACUCGACGCAGGCCAAACAUUUGCGGGAGAUUCGUGAUAUCGGUACCCAUCAUCUAACGACAUUGAAGGAUCAGUAUUAUGAUCAGGUACGCCGCGUCCGUGAUUAUUCGACCGGACAGCUGAACUGGGUACGUGAGAAUUACGUUUUCCAGCGGAACAAGAUCCGCAAGUUCAGCGCGCAUCAGGCGCUGAGACUACGCGAGGGUUACAAGUACCAGCAGCAGACGCUGAACAAGGUGCUGGAGAAUCUGCCCAGCUUCUACUUCGAGAACUGCCGCGGUCGCAACGAGGACGAUGAGGAUUUCGACGGUUUCGAAGUUUACCUGAAGGCCAAAAUAGAGAAAUUGGCCCAGUUGGAUGCCGCCAUAGCAGCGUCGGCCAUUGUCCCUCCUGGUCUCGCUGUCGCAGAAAACGAACACGGCCUCCCCCUGGUUCCGCAUCGACCCGGAUUCAACUUCAAGUAUUUGGAGAACAUUUCGGCGAAAAGUGUAGACGAAAGCAAGGCUUCGGUUUACUUCACUCCGAACGAGAGUCAGCUUAGUCCGGAACCGCUGCAGCUGCAGAUGUCCCCGAUUCACAUCAACUAUAUCAACGAUGCGACGAUGGGAGAGGGAACAUCGAUGGGUACCGGCACUGGCGACACUCCUAGGUCGUUCAAAUCGGUGAUAGCCGGACCGGGAGGGGCCGAUAGCAUAAUAGUGAAAUCAAUUUUGAAACCAUCUGCGUCUAAAUUUGUGUACGAUAGAAAUGUUCCGAAAUAUCGAUCGUCUCAUCGGCCGUACCGGUUGAGUGGUGGAGGUCACGAAGAGGAAGUUUUGGGUGAUUGUGGGCGAUUUGAGUGUUAUAGUGAUGCACUUGAUGGUAGAGACUCCUGCGAAGAUUUAGGCAACUAUACUGUGAAACACAAUCGGAAGCACAAAAGGAAGAGAAACACUGGAAGUAAGCCAUCGGGAAGUAAGCAACUGUGCGAGUACGAAACGCUGCUGAUGAAGAAUCUUAGCAGUGACCCAAAAGAAGGUCAUUAUAAGAUUGUUCAUGUGAACAGGAUAGGUGAUCCGACCGGCUGGGGAGUCCAAGGAAGUGGUUGGACAGCUGGUCGCGCUUACAACAGGAGAAAGCCAUUGGUGAAUAAUGAUUACUACUACUCACUUGAAGACAUGAUUCAAGCGAGUAAUGAGAAGAUUCGAAAGUUGAUAUACGAUUCUAAAAUAGACAUCAUGAAUGAAGUGAUAACAGGGAGUAGCAAUAAGGAUAGUUCUAUUAGAACUGAUAGUAUGAAUAAUGAAAACGAAGAAUGUAAGGAGAUGGGACGGGGAGAACGAUCUGUAGGUAGGAUAGUUCCAAACGUUUCUGUGUCGGUGAAUAAGUCAACUGCCAAUAUCGCUAGCACCAGCAAUAGCAGUAGUAAUAAUAACAGCCAGUGCACAAGCAACAGGGGCAGUCGAGAUUCACCCUCGACGACACAGAACCUCAAUUACCAUCAGCCUUUGAAGAAGAUUCACAAGCUUCACUUCGAUUCCAGUACAAAUCGUAUUCAACAGAGUACCAGUUUGCCGGAGAUCUAUUUCGAUAGUUCGUCCUCCAGCUCCAUCGGGGGCCCACCAUCGAACGGUCUCAGCACCACCUCGAACAAAUCCUCCAACCAGUCGAUUGUUCAGCAGCAAACCCUUUCAUCUGCUUCUUCAACUGCCUCAAACGUGGCGGAACCCCCUCUUCCACUACUACCACCCAAAACCACCUAUCAUCAGCCAAAAGUGCACGGUAAACAUGUGAUCCUUGCAGUGGAAAAUAACGGCAAAGGAGGAAGCUCUUCUACGGCGGCAACACAGCCAAAAUCCGAAGGCAGUGGAAGUUCCACAGCAGAAUGAAAUUUCCAUCACAAGUUGCGAAGAUGGUUUUACCGGAUCAAUCCGAACUCCACUACAACUACAAGUAUUUAAUAAAACUGAAAAAAUCUAAAGCCUUGAGGGGAGGGGCACCGUUUAUGUAAGAUUUAACAACACUCGUGGUUGAAUAAAGUUUGCCCGAUUCAGCUGUUAUUGUCAUAAGCAUCUAACCUUUGCUUCAAUAGUUUUUUUUUUGUACAUAACAUUCUCGAACUUUUUUUUUCCACGUUUUACUGUUGAACAUUGGAAUCGAAAAGUCAUUUUAUAUAUCAAAUGGGUUUUAGGAAAGUUUAGAGAAUAACGUUGGUUGAUAUGUGGAUAAGUAGUUCUGAAUAUAUUUUAUAACGACUUUCUCUGUUUGCAUUAGUAUUUCAUUCAAUAGUGGUAUUUAAACGAACCACUCAAAGAAGGAUCGCAUUGCGACUUGAGUCUUGUCUGAUGACAUGUAGAAGUAAUUCCAAUUCACUUUAAAAAUACAGCACAGAAAAUAACCUCUUUUAAAAAUUUCGAGCCAUUAAAAAUAUCAGUUGAAUCAUUACAAAAUAUUGUUGACGAGGCAAAUGAAAACUAGUGGAAUGUAGUAACUAGAAGUGGGAAGGGAGUUUAUUGAUGAUAUAGGUUGCACUCCAAGCUACAAUUUCCAUACAUCAUACCUAGCCCGCUAAAUUGGUACAUCUAUUUUAUUCCGCUGGAGAAGCUUGCGGACAUUGUGAAAUUUACGUGAUAGACGAGCUGUGGGGGAGCAGAAAUUUUAAACAGAGAAGAGUAAUUGCAGUUGUUUAUUAAACACACAAUUUAUAUAUUAACACAGGAAAAACGGAUGUCAUACACAAACAGUUACACGUAAUUACGUACGUACAUUACUUCAAGCUCUAAAAAACAAGUGUUACAUAAUAAACGAUAAUCUAUACUUCUAAUAUAUUGUGUAUGAGACCGACGAAAAAAAAGAGCAGAGAGAUAAAGAAAAAAAGAGAAUAUGUAGAAACUUCAAUUAUAGAACGUUUUAAAUGAUCGCAAACAAAAACAGAGCAGUCAAAACUGAUAAUAACGGAAGCUAAUAUAGGAAACUAAUGAAAAACAAAACAAAAAAAUACAAUAAAUAAUUCCGUUUGACAUGGAAUCUAGAAGACAGAGCAAAAUAUAUCUAAUAGAAUUAUCUUAAUCAUUAA